AUUCUUAACAGUUAACACCGACAACUGUUUGUAUUAUUGUUUAUAGUAUUUAAUGCUAUUCUGCAAUUUAUACAAUUUCAAUCACAACAGUCAAAAAUUUAUAACAAAUCUUUAAAAUGGUAAGUAAAUUAUAAUAUAAUGCUGUACCUAUUGUUUUUUAAAAAAUGUAGUUGUUGGAUUGUCGUUUGGUUCGAAGAGCAAUAUGGUUAAGAUUGAGAAGUUGUUUUAUAAAAUGUCUAGAGGUGAAUUCUUGUCACGCAUAAAAUACAUUCUAAUUGAUCAUGUGUGACAGACUGGUAUCUUAACUUCGGCGGACAAAAAGCAGUUGAAUGUCAAUCAUGGCUCAGUAUACAAGAUGUUGGACAUAAAUUAAAUUUAUUGAUCAAUGUUUUUUGAUACAAAUUAUAUCAACUAUAGUGCAUACCAUAUCUGUAUGACUGUGUAUUUAUCUGUAUAAUAUAGAUAAAUAUAAAUAUUUUUUGAAAAAUUAUGUAGUAAUGAAAUCAUUUAGGUACCUAUAAGUCAUUGUCAUACUAUAAUUUCCAGAUAAUUUUAUGAUAAUAAUAAUAAGCAAUUAUUUUUUUUUUUACUAACCUGGAGAAAAUUUCUAGACUUCAGUUUUUAUGAUUUUUGGUUGGUAAUAGAUAGUGAAGAUGAAAUUCAAUCGUGUUUAAUUAUAUAGGUAACAAAUUACUGAAAACUCGUAAAAUGUAUAAUUAGUUAAUUGGUUAGUUUAUAUUUAUAUAUGUCAAAUAAUUCUUUAGAAAAAAAACAAUAAAUAAUAAGAGAUUUUUUUUCUUUUUUUGUGAAUAUAAAUUAGGUACAAAUUGUUUUCAAAAUGUGUAUUGUAUAUAUAAAAAUCAAAUGAAUUAAAUCAAUUAAUUAAAAAAUAAUUAAAUACCAGUUUUUACAUAAUUAUAAAUCCAGUUUUAAAUAUCUAUCAGACAUAAGAAAUAUUGCAUUGUUUGAUGUGGUUAAAAAUUGUCAUUACUUACAUAGAAUAAGGGUUAUAAUAAUAUUGAAUACUAUGUUUAUGCAUUUGAAAUUAUGUCAAGUCACAUAAUAUAAUUUAAUGAGAACAAAAUGAACAACAUUUAAAGUAGUCAGUUACAACACACAUUUGCCUAAUAUAAUAAUAUAUUAUAAAUCCUAUUAAGCAUUUAGGCAUCUAACAUUAUCUACAUAUGGCCAUAAUAAUAUGUCCAUGCAUCAUGUAUGCUACUUAAUGUAUAAACUAGUUUGAAAUAAAUACUUAAUAUAUUUCAGACUUAUAGUGGAACCAUAAUUAGCUCCAGCCUAUAACUUUAUACUCAAAACGUUGAAUACAAUUUGUUUUAAAUUUUUUUUUCUACAAAUUACAAUGCCCACUUGCCUACUUAAAUUUAUUGUUUUAAUGUUAAAUAACUAAGGAUUUAGGUUGUACUUUAUAGAUUCAGGAUUGAUUUUUUUUUUUUUUGUACAACUACCCAUGUCAAGUUGAUUAGUUUCAAUCUUCUAUGGUCCCAUGCAAAUCUGACAAAUAGAAUUAAUUUUUUCCUGUUCAAUAUUUUGAAGGUUUUCUUUGAAAUAAUUUCUAGAGCCUUAUGCUAUGAUUUUUAUAUUUGAUAUGUUUUUUAAUGCUAAAAAAAAAAAAAGCAACAAUAUCCAAGAUAACCAUUUUAUAAAUUUAUUUUGAAACUAAAUGUUGGUGUUUCAAAUUUAAUUAAAUUAAUGAAUCACUAAUUUUCUAAAAAUGAUUUAAAUUGUUUUCAUCACCACUACUAAGUAAUAUUUAUCAAUUUUUCUAAAAUAAAUUAUUUUUGUUAACUUCUAAAUUAUGUAGAAAUUUGUCAUUAGUAAAUAAUAUUUGUUCCAAAAUAUAUUUAUUAGAGUAUCAUGGAUUACAACGGAGGUGCCUUAAUUGGCAUGAAAGGCAAGGACUGUGUUGCUAUUGCAACUGAUAAAAGAUUUGGAAUUCAAGCUCAAACAAUAUCCCUCGAUUUCACGGUAUGUUUUAUUUAUUUUUUAAAUUAUUAUUGUUUUAUAAUACUCUCAUAAGUGUUUUUAAAUUUUGGAUUGCAGAAAGUUUUUCAAAUAAAUCCUCAUACAUAUAUGGGAUUUCCUGGUUUAGCUACUGAUAUAUUCACUGUGUAUGAGAAAAUAAUGUUUAGAAAAAGAUUAUACGAAUUAAAAGAGAACCGGAAAAUAUCUCCUAAAGCUUUGGCAUCUGUGGUCUCCAAUUUGUUGUAUCAGCACAGGUAAAAUUAUUUUUUUCAUUAGAUACUCAAGCAAUAAACUUACAUACAAAUUUAUCUAUUCAUAUACAAUAUGUAUAUCAUUAAAAAAAAACUGUGACUUAUCUUUUCAGAUUUUUACAAUUUUGUAUGUAUCAGACUACAUAGUUUUUAAAUAAAAAACAAAUUAUAAUACUAUUUUCCUAUUUCAUUAUAAAUUAAAUACCAAAACUUAGUUCUACAUGGUUUCUUUAAACAAUUAAAAAUAUUAAUUCAAUUAAUUGAUAUUUGUUGGUACUUAUUGAUAUUAGUAUUCAAUACCAUUUGACAUAUUUUAAUUAAAUGUUUUCUUUACAGAUUUUCACCAUUCUUUGUUGAACCUAUGAUUGUUGCUUUGGAUGAAGAAACACUUGAACCAUAUAUGUGUGACAUGGAUUUGAUUGGUUGCGUAAAUAAAUCUGAUAACUUUGUAGUAGGUGGUACUAGUUCAGAUCAACUGUAUGGUCUUUGCGAGGCUCUUUGGGAGCCAGACAUGGAAGAGGAUCAGUUAUUUGAAACUAUCUCUCAAGCUUUAGUCAGUGCUUGCAAUCGUGAUGCCAUUUCUGGUUGGGGUGCAAAAGUUUACAUUAUGUAAGUAUUAAUUUGAUUAAUCAUACUAUAUAUAGUCAUUUCUUUUGUAUUGAAUUCUGAUAUAUUGAAUAGCUUGACAACAAAUUUGUUUUAAUUUUAAUUUCAGUAAAAAAGACAAAGUUAUUGUUCGGGAUAUCAAGACACGGAUGGACUAAACUAAGAAUUUAAAUUUAUAUCACAUAAUUUAUAAAUUUAUUUUUUUUUCAUAAUAAUAAUUAUUUGUAUAAGAUUUAUAUAAGGGACACAUAAGGCCUGUAUAUGUAUAAUCUAUAAUUACAAAAAUUUUUAUAAUACUAGGUUUAUUAAAUUUCCUAUAAAUCCUGCAAAUAUUUUUUCUUCUUGUCUCUUUUAGGGUAUUAUUAUAGUACCGGGUUUGUGUUGUACUUUUAAAUGACAAGUUGAGAUAGAACUUACCUGUAUGAGUUGUCUUAGAUCAUAAAACAAUGUGAAUCAUCUUUAGUUAUAAAUGAAAUUAGUUGCCACUCCAGUUUUUUCAGCACAACCUAUAUUUCCAAUACAAUGUGUAUAAUCUAUUUGAAAUAAAAAAAAAUAGAAUUCAAUUGACCAUUGUUAAUAAUAAUGCAACAUACUGUUUUAAGUACUAGUAUACUUUUAAGUCUACCAAAUAAAUAAAAUUACCUUAAAUAUAUUUGACCAUAUCAUAAUGACCACAAACACAUCCUUAAUGUGAAUACCACGACUAACAAUAUGUGUUAAAACCAAAAUAUCUUUUUGGUCAUCUUUAAAACUUGCUAUAAUGAAGCAUACACACAUUAUACUUCCUUAUCCCUUUUCAAAAUAAUUAAUCUUGAUUGCGCCACUGGAAUCAACUAUAACAUCCCCAUUAUCUGGCUUCAAAAUUAUUUAUAAGCCUAUAUUCAAAAGUUGUUUGUAAGUCUGGUUCAGAACUAAAUGUAUGUUUCUAGGACUAAUAUACUUAAAUUUAAAUUAUUAGGUACCUACAUUAUAUCCAUGAAUUAUGGUAGGUAUCGAAAUGAAUGUGUGUGAUGAAUCUCUGCGGAGUCUAGACACAUCAGAAGACUUCUUAAUAGUAUUUUCGUAGUUCAAAUAAGAGUAUAAUGUACUAAUAUAUUACAAUAUUAAUACUUAUUUAUAAAUAAAAUUAUUUAUUACUAACAUGGUUCAGGGCAUUAAUUCCAUUAAAACAUGAUUGUGUUUUUAUGCUAAAAACUAUAAGAAAAAGGUAUAGUUUUAAACAUAAUCAACUUAAUUAUGCUCAAUAUGUCAAACAUGUAAAUUAAUGAAAUAGUAUCAUAUGAUAAAUAAUAAAGUGAAAUAGUAAAAACCACCCAACUUAUAUAUUAAAUGUCAAAAAAAAAAUGUAUUUAAUUAUAAAAUUGUUCAUUGAUACUUAAAAAUUCCAAUGCUUCCUCAACUAAUCAAAUCAUACUACUUUCCAUUUCAAUCAAUCCCUACAGUCAGCUGAGGCAUCUAAAAACAGAACUGGC